CAAAAAAAUAACGCGUGUGUGUGUGUGUGUGUGGCAUGUGUAAUUAAUUUUUGGCAUUUCAAUUGGCCGCCAUCAAAAUCCAGACCUUUAACCAAUUUGAUAAAUUUGCAUUUUUGCGCAAACAAAAAAUAAAGGAAAACAAAAACAAAAAGAAAAGGCACACAAGGCAAAGCAGCGAGGGGGCGGGGGAACCGCAAAAGAGGGAAAGCCUGAAAAAAAGCAAUUUAAUUUACAAAUUACAAGUUGAUGGGCACAGCCUCCAUCAAAAAGGGCAAAUCCAGCGAAAUGAUUUGGGUCACCAGUUACACAAAUAAUAAACAAUAAACCUGACAAAAGCCUAUAAACAAUUUAAGGAGAAAAAUAGCGCGAUGCAAUUCAACCGAAUUGUUCAAAGGGUUAAAACGAAAUUCAUUUCAAUUCGCAUUCGCGCGUUGUCAAGUGACUAAAACAAUAAACGUAAUAAAAAAAGCACGAAAAUUCAACGCUAAAAUAACAACAGCAACAACAACAACAACGGCAAUUGCUAAUAUCAAAAAAGCAACAACAACAAUCAGCAGAACAUCAACAAGAGCUGUAAUAAUAAACGUGAGCAGCAGGGCGCAAGAGCGCUAGAUAGGGAGAGAGAGAGACACAGAAAUAAAGAGGAACGAUUGGCAACAGUUUUACGAGUCACCAGCUACUUUUUACAACGAAUUUUCAUUAUUGCAAAAGUCUACAUUAGCUGAUUGCUUGAACUUAACUGUUCUGGUUGCGAUCAUACUGUCCUAGUAUGCGAUGGCAGCAGCGACAGCGACGCUGGAGGAGAAUCAUGCCCGGCCCCGCCAUAUAGCCAGCGAUAAUAGCGCCCAACAGCGUACGCUGGCCACCAAGGUGCGGCGAAAAGCAUGGGACAGGCGACCAAUGCGGCGACUACAUCCGCCCAUACCGCUUGGCCAGCUGCUCUGGCUGCUCUGCUGUCUCAGCCAGCUGCGCGCCGAGUGCCCGUCAGUAUGCGAGUGCAAGUGGAAGAGCGGCAAGGAGUCCGUCUUGUGCCUUAACGCCAACCUAACACAUAUCCCCGAGCCGCUCGAUGCGGGCACCCAGCUGCUGGAUCUAAGCGGCAACGAUAUACAAACCAUACCCGACGACAGCUUCGCCUCGGCUCAGCUGCUUAAUCUACAGAAAGUUUAUCUGGCCAGGUGUCGACUGCGGCUCAUCGAGCGGCAUGCGUUCCGCAAGCUCAUUAAUCUCGUGGAGCUGGACUUGAGCCACAAUCAGCUGGCGGCAAUACCCUCGCUUGCACUCUACCACGUCUCGGAGCUGCGCGAGCUGCGACUCACGGGCAAUCCCAUCUCGCGUGUGCCCGAUGACGCCUUCGGGCAUGUGCCGCAGCUGGUGCGGCUGGAGCUGAGCGACUGCCGUUUGUCCAGCGUGGCGGUGCGCGCCUUUGCCGGCCUCGAGAGCAGCCUGGAGUGGCUGAAGCUAGAUGGAAACCGCCUCAGCGAGGUCAGAUCAGGCACAAUAACAUCGCUGGCCUCGCUGCAUGGCCUGGAACUGGCGCGCAAUGAAUGGAACUGCAGCUGUUCGCUGCGACCCCUGCGUGCCUGGAUGCUCCAACAGAAUAUACCCAGUGGCAUACCGCCAACAUGUGAGUCCCCCGCCCGCUUAGCCGGCCGCGCCUGGGACAAGCUGGAUGUGGAUGACUUUGCAUGUGUGCCGCAAAUCGUGGCCACAGACACAACCGCGCACGGCGUCGAGGGACGCAACGUGACGAUAAGCUGCUAUGUGGAGGGUGUGCCCCAGCCGGCCGUGCGCUGGCUGCUCAAGAAUCGGCUGAUUGCCAAUCUGAGUGCAGCUGGCGCUGGCGAGGAUGCCGAGGAGCCGCGCACCGCAGCCGCCACUCAGGGGCGAAAAACCUAUGUAGUAAACAUGCUGAGGAAUGCCUCCAAUCUGACAAUACUCACCGCAGACAUGCAGGAUGCGGGCAUCUACACCUGCGCCGCCGAGAACAAGGCCGGCAAGGUGGAGGCGAGCGUAACGCUUGCCGUCUCCCGUCGUCCACCGGAGGCGCCGCUCGGCGUGCGCAUUGUGCUGCUCGGGGUGCUGGCAGCGCUCUUCUUUGUGGUUGGCUCCUCGUUUGCGGCCAUUUGCUUCUGUUCGCUGCGGCGACGCCGCAAGCUGCGUCUGUGGAAUUCGGUGCCGCCGGUGCGGCGCAGCGAGAGCUACGAAAAGAUUGAGAUGACGGCGAGGGUGCGACCGGAUCUCGGCGGUGGCGCCAGCUGUGGCGGCGGCAGCGCCACUGGCGCUGGUCUCUUUCAGGACGCCGAGGAGCAGAGCUAUCUGCGGGCAGCGCAUACCCCACUCAACGACCACGAUGCGGGGCAGUCGGCCAUUGUGAAUCCGAGUGCUGGCAAUGCAACUCGACGCAACGGCGACUACCUGCAUGUGUCGACGCACUGUGACGACGACGACGAGGAGCAGCCAUCGCAGCAGCCAUCGCAGCAGCAGUCGCAGCAGCUGCAGCAGUCCAAGCCGGGCGCGAGAAAAUGCUCCAUGGUGAGCAACAAUAUUUCCGCAUCCGCUGCGAAUAAUGCAGUAGCGGCCAUCGAGGAAACGGAUCUGCACAUACCGCGUCUGAUUGACAUCGGCGGCACCGACUCCGCGUCAAGCUCAAUAUCCAGUCAGGUGGACGCAGCAGCUCGACUCGCUGGCUAUGCGGGUCACGCUGCCACCUGGAAGACGGCGCCCAUAGCAACCACAAAGAUCACAUCGCCGCACAGCAAGCCAGUCGCAACAACUCAAGCAACAAGCACGGCCGCCACAGCCACGCCCUUCAGCCACUUUGGCAAUCAUGCGACAGACGAAAUGGCGACGUCGGUGUUCUGCAGCAGCAAUGGCGAUGGUCAGGAGAGCGAUCUGUUCGACAGCAACUAUCCAGAUCUGCUGGACAUAGCCAAGUAUGCCGUGGCUCAGGCGGCGCAGACGGGCCACGGCUAUCCGCCAGCCGGAGCGGCCACAGCGAAUGGCGGCCUCUGCACGCUGCCCCGCAAGCUGAAGCACAGCGGCAAGUAUUUCCGCAACUCCUCGGACAGCCAGUCGCCGCUGUUGGCGGACAACUCAAGCAAGUACGGCAGCAGCACGCUAGGCGACGGCAGCUUUCUGAACGAGGCUAUGGGCCUGGGCAGGCGCUACUCGGCCGAGUCGAGCUAUGCGAACUAUGCCAGCACCACAACCUACACGGGCGGCGGCCAGCGUGCCAAUAGCUUCUUGAAUCUGGUGCAGAGCGGGGCACACAAGGGUGGUCUGCACGGGCAUCUCUUGGGCCAGAAGCCCAGCCUGCCCUCUUCUCCUGUGCAGCACCAGCGUUCGCUGAGCAGCGCGGCAACUCCGUUGCUUGACUUCUCGGCGCUGGCGACUCGGGCUGCUGGGGCAGCCAAUUCCUCGGCGGCUGCCUACGACUAUCAUGCGGCGCAGCUGGAGCGCUUUCUGGAGGAGUAUCGCAAUCUGCAGGAUCAGCUGUGCAAAAUGAAGGAGACCUGCGACACCAUUCGCAAAAAGGAGACGCCACUGCGCGUUGCCAUUGGCCAGUCGGCUGCCCAGCUGGCCGAUCCGGUGAUGUACAGCGCAGCGACUGCCUCGCACAGCCCCAAGCCGCCAACGUCGACGCUGAAGGCGAAAACCCUGCUGCCAGGCCAGCCACCCGAUCCGCCGCCCUAUUGGCUGCAUCGCAAUGCCAUGCUGAAGCGACUCAAUCCAGAUGCCAAUGGCACGGGCAGCGGUUCGCCAAGCACCGCCUCGCCACAGCCCGGCCAGGACAUCUUCAAGAGCUAAUCGAACUUGUGUACAGUCGAUGAAUAAGCCCAAAAUCCG